UAAAACAAAAGCUCAACCUUUUUGCUUAAACCCCUCAAAUUGGACCUGCAACUUCCCAUGGCGGAAAAUAGCUUCCUCUUCGAGCCCCCGAGCGACGAAGACGUCGAGCACCAACACGACGAGCAGGAAGAAGAAGAUGAAGAAGACGAUGGAGAACAAAGCCUAGCUAAUCACAAAUCUCAAUCUCCAUGGGACUUCGCAGCCUACUCCGAAUCAGUCGCCGAAGAGCACGCCCGCCGCAGCACCACCUCUGUCGAUUUCAAGAUCUCCAAACUCCUCCAAGAACGUUCCACCACUCUCCCCGUCGCCGCCGCCGACGAAGACUCCUCUGAUUCCGAACCAGACCGCCAAGAGGAUUACAAAUCCGAGGACGGUGACGAUGCGGCUAACACCUACACCGGUGAGAAGUCGUUCUUUGCCCCCUCAGAAGGGACCUCUUUCCACGCGAAUUCGUUCAUGGAGCUUAAUCUGUCAAGGCCAUUGCUUCGAGCUUGCGAAGCAUUGGGCUACACUAAGCCGACGCCAAUUCAGGCAGCCUGCGUACCACUGGCCUUAUCGGGGCGUGAUAUAUGCGGGAGUGCAAUUACUGGUUCUGGAAAGACUGCUGCCUUUGCCUUACCUACUCUGGAGAGAUUAUUGUACCGUCCAAAACGUGCACCAGCAAUUCGAGUUCUUAUUCUUACUCCAACCAGGGAGUUGGCUGUUCAGGUUCAUAGUAUGGUACAGAAAAUUGCUCAAUUCACAGAUAUCAGAUGCUGUCUGGUUGUGGGUGGGCUAUCAACGAAGAUGCAAGAAGUAGCUUUGAGAUCAAUGCCAGAUAUUGUUGUGGCAACUCCAGGACGUAUGAUAGAUCAUUUGCGCAAUUCUUUGUCCGUAGAUUUGGAUGAUCUUGCAGUUUUGAUCCUUGAUGAGGCAGAUCGCCUUCUGGAGCUUGGAUUUAGUGCUGAAAUUCGUGAGCUGGUUAGACUGUGCCCUAAACGAAGACAGACCAUGCUAUUUUCAGCUACUAUGACUGAAGAAGUCGACGAACUUAUCAAGCUUUCUCUCACCCGGCCAUUGCGCCUCUCUGCUGACCCAUCCACAAAAAGACCAGCAUCACUGACGGAGGAGGUGGUUAGGAUACGCCGAAUGCGUGAAGUGAAUCAGGAGGCAGUUCUUCUUGCACUGUGCUCCAAGACUUUCACAUCCAGAGUGAUAAUUUUCAGUGGAACAAAGCAGGCUGCACAUAGGCUGAAGAUUUUAUUUGGAUUAGCUGGGUUCAAAGGUGCCGAACUACAUGGAAAUCUUACCCAAGCCCAGCGUCUUGAUGCUUUGGAACUUUUCAGGAAGCAGCAAGUAGAUUUUCUUAUUGCAACUGAUGUUGCUGCUCGUGGACUUGACAUCAUUGGUGUUCAAACAGUUAUAAACUUUGCAUGCCCCCGAGACCUUACUAGUUAUGUUCAUCGAGUAGGUCGCACAGCAAGAGCUGGUAGAGAAGGAUAUGCUGUUACAUUUGUCACUGAUAAUGAUCGGUCUCUCUUGAAAGCCAUUGCAAAGAGAGCUGGUUCAAAGCUGAAGAGCCGGAUUGUUGCAGAGCAAUCAACAACUAAAUGGUCUCAGAUCAUUGACCAAAUGGAGGAUCAAGUGGCUGCAAUUCUCCAAGAAGAGAGGGAAGAGAUGGCCUUAAGAAAAGCUGAAAUGGAGGCAGCAAAGGCAGAAAAUAUGAUUGCACAUAGAGACGAAAUCUUUUCACGCCCUAAAAGAACCUGGUUUGUAACAGAGAAGGAGAAAAAACUUGUAGCUAAAGAAGCAAAGGCAACUUCAGAAAAAGGAAGAAGUUCUGGAAAUGAGUUUAUUAGUGCCCAACAAGCUGAAGACCUUAAGAUGAAGGAAAAGAGAAAGCGAGAGCGUGAGAAAAAUCUUCCGAGGAAGAAGAGGAGGAAACUGGAAGCAGCUAGAGAGAGAUUGGACGAUGAGAAUGACAUGGAAGAGUUGGAAGGAAGUGGAAAAAAUAAGAAAGAAAAAGGUGGGAUUUCCCUUGUUGACAUAGCUUAUCGACGGGCAAAAGCAGUGAAGGCUGUGAAGAAGGCAGCGGAUGCUGGCAAGAUUGUUAAAAAGACAGUCAAGAAAGCAAAACGUCCUUCACAAGGAACUCAGUCAAGGACAGAUGAGAUGCGGGACCUGUUCCAGAGUGAUAUGAGUGAGAAAAAACAGAAAAGAAACCUUCAUGGAGGUGGAAAGAAAAAGUCAUUUAAGAGCAAGUCAAGGUACAAGCGGAGAUAGUAUCAACACGGGCAAAAUCUGUGCUGCCUUAGAUUCAUGUCUUGGAAUUGGGUUGGGAUCCAUGAUAUGGUUAAUUAAAUGUUGGAAAAGAGCUUAUCAUCGCUUUCUCUAUCUUCUGCUGCCAAGAGAUAAGAGGCAUCAUCAAGCAUAGAUUGUAUACCUUGACAGGUUGUUCAGUAAGCUAGCAAUCUAUAGCUAACAUUAUCACAGAGGGGAUGUGGGAUAUUUGUUGGAUUGUUGUACACUCUAUAUUUAUUUUCAGAGUUGAAGAAAUGAAACGGUCAAUUGACCUGACCAUUUUUCUAGAGACUUCCAUUUUUUCUUCUUCUUUGCUAUUGGUGCUUAAAAAUGUUUGUGAAUUCUAUGAAGAUUUUGAUUUGA